AUGGACUUCGUCAACAAACUCGCCGGCGGCCAGAGCCAGGGACAGGGCCAGUCCGUAAACGAGCAGGUCGUCAAGGACCAGAACGCAGGACAGCAAUCAUCAGGCUCAGGCGGCUUCCUCGGCGGCAUUGGCAACAAGCUCAACGAGGCUGCUGGCGGCGGCAAGGCCAGCGAGAAGAACGAGGAUUACCUUGACAAGGGUGUCGACCUUGUCCAGGAAAAGUUCCUCGGUCAGGGUCCUCAGGACAACGAGUCUGCGCUCGAGCAAGCAAAGGACGAGCAGAUUAGCGACUUUAUCCGCGGACAGUAUAAGGGUGCUACCGGCAAGGACAUGCCCUUCAAGGACAAAUAA